UCAUUCCUUAGAAAGGCUGUGGAUGGAAGAUCAGAGAAGGGGCCAGUAGAUCUGGGAUUUGUCCAGGGGUCUCUGGGUUUAAAGAUCUGUACAAACCGCUUGAGCUCAUUUUCCCUGUGGCUUGCCAGGGUACAACUUCUUUCUCUGCCCAAGCUGUUAAAAAUCUAAAAUUUCACUCAUCAGAUUCUUUCAGUUGCGUGACAGAUCCAACCCAGCCUUGAGCAAAAAUGGAAGCUAUCAAGAAAAAGAUGCAGAUGCUGAAGUUGGACAAGGAGAAUGCCAUUGACAGAGCAGAGCAGGCUGAGACGGAUAAAAAGGCAGCUGAGGACAAAUGCAAGCAGGUAGAGGACGAGCUGGUUGCUCUGCAAAAGAAGUUGAAAGGAACUGAAGAUGAGCUGGACAAGUACUCGGAGGCUCUCAAAGAUGCCCAGGAGAAACUGGAGCAGGCUGAGAAGAAGGCCACUGAUGCUGAAGGGGAGGUGGCAGCUCUGAACAGACGCAUCCAGCUCGUGGAAGAGGAGUUGGAUCGUGCCCAGGAACGAUUGGCCACAGCCCUGCAGAAACUGGAGGAGGCUGAGAAAGCAGCAGAUGAGAGCGAGAGGGGAAUGAAAGUUAUUGAGAACAGAGCAAUGAAAGAUGAAGAGAAAAUGGAGAUUCAGGAAAUGCAACUGAAGGAGGCCAAACACAUUGCCGAGGAAGCCGAUCGCAAAUACGAGGAGGUUGCCCGUAAACUGGUUAUUUUGGAGGGUGAACUGGAACGAGCUGAGGAGCGUGCAGAGGUGUCUGAAGUUAAAUGUAGUGACCUUGAAGAGGAGUUAAAGAACGUCACAAACAACCUGAAGUCUUUGGAAGCUCAAUCUGAAAAGUACUCGGAAAAAGAAGAUAAAUACGAAGAAGAAAUCAAGAUUCUCUCUGACAAGCUGAAAGAAGCUGAAACUCGUGCUGAAUUUGCAGAGAGAACCGUUGCCAAACUGGAAAAGUCUAUUGAUGACCUGGAAGAAAAACUUGCCCAAGCCAAAGAGGAGAACCUGGGCUUGCACCAGACACUGGACCAGACGCUAAACGAACUGAACUGUAUAUGAGAGGCAGGGACCUGCCAGUGGCCAAGGAACCGCCCCGUCCCUGCAGCGCUCCUCUCUCCUCCUUUCUCUCUGUAUCCUGGGAAAGCCAAUUAAGUUAUGACCAGCACAGCCACGCCGGAGGCUCUGGGUGUCACUCGGGGACCUUUUUCCCCCAGACCUCCCCAGGGAGCCCCCGUGGAGCCCCUGCGUGCCCCACCCGUGGCUGCCCCGCACGGUUCAUGACUCCUUUUGUAUAACCUGGUAGAAGCUGUACCCGGGCAGUGGCGGCACCGCCCGGCCCGGCCCUGCCCUUCCAUAUUAAAAAUUUCUCACAGAA